GACCCGGGACUGGUUUAAAAUGACAGUCUCAAGUUCUUUGAGGAAGAGAAGAGUAAUUCAAAGGAACAGCCAGACAAGCUUCCUUUCUCUGCAGGAAUAAUUAUCAGCCCCCUUCCCCAUGGCCCACCUGGGAGCCCAUUUUGCCUUUAGAUCCCGCUGGCAGAAGACCGAUGAUGAACUCUGUCGACAUAGCAUGUCCUUUAUCCUUCACAAGGCCAUUCGCAAUGACUUCUUUCAGAGCUAUCUCUACCUGCUGGAAAAAAUUCCCCUGGUAAAACUGUAUGCUUUAACAAGCCAAGUCAUUGAUGGUGAGAUGCAGUUCUAUGCCAGAGCCAAACUUUUCUACCAAGAGGUACCGGCCACAGAAGAAGGCAUGAUGGGAAAUUUUAUUGAACUAUCCAACCCAGAUAUCCAGGCCUCUCGUGAAUUUCUUAGGAAAUUUGUUGGGGGGCCAGGGAGAGCGGGCACUGGCUGUGCCUUGGACUGCGGCUCUGGAAUAGGCAGGGUCAGCAAGCACGUCCUGUUGCCUGUUUUCAGCAGCGUUGAACUGGUGGACAUGAUGGAGUCUUUCCUCCUGGAAGCCCAGAGCUACUUGCAGGUCAACGAGGACAAAGUGGAAAGUUACCACUGCUACAGCCUGCAGGAAUUCACGCCUCACUUAGCAAGAUAUGACGUCAUCUGGAUUCAGUGGGUCUCAGGAUACCUGACCGAUAAGGACCUCCUUGCAUUUCUUUCCCGCUGCCGAGAUGGCCUGAAAGAAAAUGGUGUUAUCAUCCUGAAGGACAAUGUAGCACGGGAGGGCUGUAUCUUGGACCUGUCUGACAGCAGUGUGACUCGGGACAUGGACAUACUCCGAAGCCUGAUCAGGAAGAGUGGCCUGGUGGUUCUGGGCCAGGAGAAGCAAGAGGGCUUCCCUGAGCAGUGCGUUCCAGUGUGGAUGUUUGCCCUGCAUAGUGAUAGACGGUCCUGAUCAGCAGUGGGAAUGAACAGCCAGACCAGACGGUGGGGCUUUGCUUCAGGAUUGAGUCUAUCUCGAGGUGCCCCUUGUGGUGCAGACAGAGAUGGAAAGAAGGGACAUGGUGCGUGUCUAGAAUGAUUGAUGAUGUAGUAUGUACAAACUAUUACUAAUAUGAUGCACAGGUUAUGAUGUGUGCACAUUUUCUGAGAGAUGGAAUAAAACACCAAGAAAGUGCUUUAAGGAACUUCCUGCUUACACCUGAACUGCACAAGCGUGUAUGAAGACCCGAAAAAGAAACAACACUCACAAAUGACAGAUUGUGUUGGUCACUGAUGACUUGUGUUACUGAUCACAGAAUGAGGCAGAAAGUCCAGACCCCUUUCGCUGGCCCUGUGUCAGCUACACUAUACUUUCUUCCUCUUUGCUCUUAUAGCUCCUCUUGAACAAACA